AAACCAAUUUGUGACGUGUUUUGUCAGUGUUGUAUUAUAAGAUUUGUUUUAAUAUUUUUAAAAAUAUAAAUUUAAAUUUCUACAUUCAUUAUUUUUGGUAUAAUUUUUAUAUUCUAGGUUAUGGGGAUACGUAUAAAUAAUUUUUUUACUAUAAUUUUUUAAUAACUAAAUAAAAUAAUUAAGGCAAAUGAAAAAGGGAUGUUAUCGGCUUUUUCCCUCUAAUCGUGCAACACUGUACGGUAUACACAUUUCGAGUGACGUUUCCUUCGUGUCAAUUUUUUGCUGAAUAUUUUGGGUUGGUCGUCGUCGUUAGUUAAUUUCUGAUCGUUUAAAAAAUAUAAAAAGAAUGAGGACGAGCUAAUUGGAGGAAAAAUUUGUAGACAAAAUUGAUAUAUUAUAAAAGUGCAUUGAGACACAAUAUAGAAUAAAUACCGAACAAGAACGGAACUAGGAGAUGAGAAUAUACAAUUUUGGAAAUAUUUAAUGCGAACUCGAAACGGUUAAAAAGUUAGAUGCAACAAUAAAAGCAAUUUGAUAAAGCAAGCGUAACCACCUAUAACGAUCCAGUAAAUAGAGGCUGUUUCAAUAAAAAUAUAUACACCGAUGAAUACCCUUUCCACCAGUGGAGCCGCAACUACUGCCACACCCUCUGCAGAUGAGGCUGGAGGUGGUGGUGGAGAUGCUGAUGCGAGUUCGCGGCGCCAAGCUACAAGAGUAUUUAAAAAGAGUUCAUCCAAUGGUAAGGUCACAGUGUACCUAGGAAAGCGCGAUUUCGUCGAUCACGUUACACAUGUGGAUCCAAUCGAUGGUGUAGUUUUCAUCGAUCCAGAGUAUGUUAAAGACCGCAAAGUUUUUGGACAAGUUCUUGCCGCGUUUCGGUAUGGUCGAGAAGAUUUGGAUGUACUUGGCCUGACCUUUCGCAAAGAUUUGUAUCUAGCGCAUGAACAAAUAUAUCCGCCACAACAAAAUGAGCGGCCAUUAACUAGAUUACAAGAGCGGCUUAUAAAAAAAUUGGGACCAAAUGCAUAUCCUUUUUACUUUGAAGUUCCUCCGUAUUGUCCGGCAUCAGUGUCGCUUCAACCAGCUCCUGGGGACACGGGCAAAUCUUGUGGCGUGGACUACGAACUAAAAGCUUUUGUUGGCGAACACAUCGAUGAUAAACCGCAUAAGCGCAACUCUGUCCGUUUGACCAUACGUAAGGUUAUGUACGCACCGUCCAAGGUGGGCGAACAGCCAUCCAUCGAAGUGAGCAAAGAGUUUUUGUUGAAACCGAAUAAAAUCCACCUAGAAGCCAGUUUGGACAAGGAGUUAUAUCAUCAUGGUGAAAAAAUUUCCGUCAAUGUGCAUAUAGCCAACAAUUCGAAUCGCAACGUAAAGAAGAUUAAAGUUUGUGUGCGUCAAUUCGCCGACAUUUGCCUUUUCUCGACGGCGCAGUAUAAGUCGGUGGUGGCGGAAACCGAAUCGGAGGAUGGUUGUCAGGUGCUGCCCGGUUUUACGCUCUCGAAAGUGUUUGAACUGUGUCCACUGCUUGCCGACAACAAGGACAAGUGGGGACUCGCGCUCGACGGCCAGUUGAAGCACGAGGAUACAAAUUUGGCGUCCAGCACGCUCAUAACGAAUCCGGCACAACGCGAAAGUCUUGGUAUCAUUGUACACUAUAAGGUGAAAGUUAAACUGCUCAUCAGUGGAGCGUUAAUGGGCAAUGAUUUGGUAGCUGAAUUGCCAUUUACAUUGAUGCAUCCAAAACCGGAAGAAGAAGAUAAUCCACUAUUAAUGGAUAAGUCGCCACGCCAGAGCAUACGUGAUGGUGCAUUAUCAUUGGAAUGUGGUAAUGGUGGCAAUGGCGUGGACGAAGCGCAACAAGCUGAGGUGCCCACAACCAAUUUGAUACAAUUAGACGAAGAUGAUUCCCAAGACGAUGACAUUAUCUUUGAAGAUUUCGCACGGCUCCGGCUAAAGGGCGCUGAAACUGAGGCCUAGACAAAAGACCUAGCGUCGUGGCGCUGCGUUGAGCCUACAUUGAUCAUUUAGAAUGCUUAAAAGUAUCAUAUUAAUUGGAUCGGUAUGCGCAAAAUUACCCAUAUAUGUGUUGAAAAGUGCGAAAUUAUGUCUGCAUUUUUCAAAUUUGUAUCCCUAUAUUUGCCAAGUUAAUUAUUUUUCAUUUAUACUUUUUUGAUUUGUAUAUAUAUGAGUCGUUUGCCAAGUAGAAAUUAUUUUGUAAAGUUGUGGAAUUCGAUUGAACACUUGUUAGUAACUAAGUUUAGUAUUUAGUAAGUUGAAAGAGUAAUAAUUGUGCAAAAAGGAUGUUUAACAUCCCUAGUUGAAAAGUUAAUCGAAUGAUAUUGAAUGCUAAAUUGUUACUACUGCUGAUACUGAACUAAGACAUUCGCAAAUUUUGAAUAAUUGAGGUUAGGAGUCGUGUAGGAAAAUAACGAAAAUCGAAACUGUCAUCGCGCAAAAUGAGAAAAUAUGCAUUUUAAAUGUAUUUACUACUUUUUAACUUUUUAUAAUUUUAUGGAAUUUUAUUUUAGAGCUAUUACAUGCAUGCAUAUAUGCAUAAAAAUACAAACAUAUUCAAGUUUAUUUUUUAUAUGAGCUACAAGGUUUGCAAUUUUAUAAAAGAAUCCUUUUUUUUAACGGCUUUUAAAUAUAUUUAUUUAUGUUGAUAUCAAAGGUAGUACAUAUUGAUGUUGUUGAUAUAUGCCACAGCAACAAUAUAAGCUUUAAUUGUAAAAAAAAAAAUAAUAAUUGUAUACCUGUUGAAGGAUUAAGCGAGAAAUGGAGAAAAUUAAAGAAUUAAACCGAUAGAAACAAGCUGCAUUUGAAUAUACACAUACAUAUACACAGGCAUAAGAGAACCGAAAAAAGUAUUUAUAUUACAUAUACAUAUGUGGCUGGAAAGUUGGCGCUAAUCAAAAUGUAUGCUUCAAAAUUGUAAAAUAAAUAUUUGAUUUUUAUGUCACAACGCAUUGCAUACGCAAUAUACACACAUUCCUGUAGUUUCUAAUUUGUUUUUUUGUUUGCCAUCGCAUUCGCCAUUUUCGAAACUAUUAACAGGCGAAUAAAUUUUUAAGCAUAUUGUGCAAUAAUAAAUAAUUAGCACAAACUCCUGCGAAUGGUGAAAUCUCAAAAUCCGAUGCACAUUUCAUUUUUUAAUUGGUUUAGAAAGCGUUUAUUGUCGAACAGUUGAACUUAAAAAUAUUCAUUACUUGCCAUUGUGUGUUUGGAACUGAAACAUAUGGUCUAUUCAAUAGUUACGUGUAAUCACAUAAAAUAUAUGUUUUUACUUUCCUAAAAAUAUUAACCUAAAUUAGCAAUGUUAGUGAUCUAAAGGCUCAGGUUUUGGCUAGCUUGUUUGGUGCUGUUGAAAACCUCAAAAGUUUGUAGUAGGUAGGUUUUGGACAAUUUAUAAGUAAUUCUACUUUGGUAAUAUGUUGACAAUUAAUAUUUAUUAUUUUAAAAUUUUUAUUACUUUGAUUUUAUUAUAUUAAAAUUAUCUGACAGAAAACUUUAUUAGCUGCGGAAUAUUUACUUCUAGUUUGACAUUUUUUUUUAAAGUGAUCUUUCAAAUAACGAGAUUCAAUUAUGCUUUAAAAAUAUAAAUUUAAAUAUUAUUAAUUUUCACAUACUUUUUAUACAAAUGAACUUACUAUGAAACAAAUGAACUUACAAAUUGCUAGUUGUGAACGUAACAACUUUUCAUACCUGCCAUUAACACAUAAUAAUCGGUUGAGCCUCUUCUUGAUGGAUCAUUAUAAUUAGUAUACUUUCUAAAAGAGUUUAAGACAAGAUUUUUUCCACUUGUAGUGUUUUUGUGUUAUUCUACUUUUCAAGUAAAAAAGCGACAUACAUAUUUUUGUUAUUUAAGUGUGGAAUUACAUAAGUGUUUGAUUUAAGGUUGAUAAUUAUGUAUUCUUCAUAGUAUUUGGAUAAAUUAUAAAUAUUUGUUUAGUAAGAAUGUGUUUUACGUUUGGAUAUCCAGUAAACAGAUGAACGAAAAAAUAAAGCUUUGUUCCUGUACACUCUACUGUAUAGUGAAACCUAUGUGUAUUUUAACAAUAAUUUAUAAGCUUCAUAUUUUCUAGUAGCAUGGAUAACCAAAUGUUUCCACAAAUAUUUGCUCAAAACUGUAAAAAAUAUUUUAGGUUUAGUUGGCCACAGUUUAUUCUUGUUAAAUAAAUUUGUUGCUAUAAAAAAGUCGAAACAAAAAUUUACGAAUAUGUGUGCCCAAAAGAAAAUUAAAUAUUUAGUAUUUUAAUAACGCUGUAAUAGCUGUUAUAACUUUUGGCAUUGGAAAGAAGUUCUACACAACAUAUAUUUACAUAUACGAGUACUCCCAUAUAAAAGUGUAUGCUCUAUUAAGUACAUUUAUAUAUUAUUUUGUAUGUAUUGGCAAGAUUUGUAUUAUAAAAUACGUUUUAAGAUUCUGGUUAUCAAUGGCAGACAAUUUUGUAAAACAAGAAUUUUGGAAUUAUGUACUUCUUUGCUCUGCAAGAAUUACAUUUUCAUUUUAAAACUUUACAUAAAUGCGGUUCAAAGCACAAACUUUCCGCCAGCAAAAUCUGAAGCUGUUUUUAAACUAUUCGGAUAGAAACUCAAUUUAAUUUUAAAUCACUUUUAUUAUUCAAAAUUGACACACCUCGCUUAUCGCUGCGAAAAGCAAUUUCCUUGCGGAAAGUCCACUCAAAAGUAAUUAUUUGAAAAUAAAUCAGUGGCGCGGUUACGAACGAUGCCAGAAACCAAAACAUAAAAACAAUAUUGCAACAACUUUUUAAAUACUGAUUUUAUAAUGAAAAAUAAGACCUACCGGCAACAACAGCUUUUUAGUAUAAAAAUUAAGCAAACAUACAUAUAUACAUACAUACAUACUAAAAAAAAAGAAAAAAGUAGCAUAUUCAUACAUACAUUGGGAAUGCAAUAGAUUGAAUUGCUUACAAAAGUUAAACAAACCAAAAAGAACGUCGUCACAAAGCGGCUAAGUCGCACAUUCCCACGAGCGUGGCCAUGAAAUGAAUUUAAAGAAUGAAAGAAAUAAACACAAUAUUGAAUAAAUAAAUAAUAAUAAUAACAUAUAUUGUACUAAUAAAUGAAUUAUCUAUUGUAAUAGCAAACGUCAAGUGUGUGUAGUUAGUAGCGCUAAUUAACGAAAUAUUAAGUAAAUGAAAUAUUGUAAUUGUUUUAAAGAAUUGUAAUACAAUGAAGUUUUAUAUACAUACAUACAUACAUAUAUACAUACAUAAAUGCAUACAAAUGCAUUGAGAUUAUGCAGCAAUAUACAGACACACACACACAUAUACAUAUAUGUGUAUCGACUGCACACAUACCUUUUUACAUGCAUUGAAAGUACGAACUGUCUACACCGAUAUCUCUUAGUAGCUGCAAUGUUCUCACAAAUUUCCCAACAAAAAAUAGGCAAACAACUAAAGUCCUUUAAGCCAAUAGCUGUUUCUACAAAUAAACAUUCACACACACACGUACAUACAUACAUACAUACAUUCAACAAAUCGAUAUGUAUCUGUAUAAAUUGAAAAAUAAAUAAUCUACGUACUAAGUACUGAAUACUAUAUUAGUACCCCAAAUGA